GCCCCUGGAUACGCCCACUGCCCACGCCCCGGACCAGGUAGCGAAGGUUCCCGAUUAAAUGUUCGACAGAGGAACAAGCAAUCAGUGCGCUCGGUUACCUAAACAUGCCCGACAGUCUGAAGCUGUGGUUUUAGGGCAGCCACUCUUCGGGUCAACACUUUACGCGUUACGGAAUGGUGUAAAGUAGUGAAGUCCUCAUCUCCUUGGUCCUGAAGAUCGGGGUGAUCAUCCGUCAUGGCGAACAGGCGCAGGGGCGCAACCGACGGGGACUUCUCGUACGUCAGCCGAGUUGUGAAGUACACGCUCUUUCUGUUCAACAUGAUCUUUUGGGUCAUCGCCCUGGUGAUGGUGGCCAUUGGGGUGUACGCCCGUGUGUCCAAGCAUGCAGAGACGGCCAUGGCCUGCCUGUCCGUGGACCCGGCCAUGCUUCUGAUGGUGGUGGGGGUGCUCAUGUUCCUCAUCACCUUCUGUGGCUGCGUGGGCUCCCUGCGCGAGAACAUCUGCCUCCUGCAGAUAUUCUGCGUCUUCCUCGUCCUGAUCUUCCUGCUCCAGCUGGCCGCUGGCAUCCUGGGGUUUAUCUUCUCUGAUAAGGCGAGGGCUAAGGUGACGGAGCUCAUCAACGACGCGGUCAUCCACUACAGGGAUGACCUGGAUCUCCAGAAUCUCAUUGACUACGGUCAGAGAGAGUUUGGCUGUUGCGGCGGCACAGCGUUCACAGACUGGCAGCACAACAUGUACUUCAACUGCACGCCGGAGAACCGGAGCCGGGAGCGCUGCUCCGUACCCUACUCCUGCUGCCUCAUCUCCAAGGACGAGGCCGUGAUCAACACCAUGUGUGGCAGCGGCCUCCAGCUGCAGAACUUCCUGGAGGCGGCGGAGUUGAUCCACACCAACGGCUGCAUCGACAAGCUGGUGGACUGGAUCCACAGCAACCUGUUCCUCCUGGGGGGCGUGGCGCUGGGGCUAGCCAUCCCCCAGCUGGUAGGGAUCAUGCUGUCGCAGAUCAUGAUCAACCAGAUCAGGGAACAGAUAGAUCUCCAAAACUACAACCACAGGCACCAGUCGGACCCCUGGCUCUGAUGUCGGCCCCCAGGACCUGACAGGAGAACCAGGAACAGUUAACAAAAGCAACCGAGAUCAGCAUGAGGGCUCUUGCUGGUUUGAGAGGACUCUUCUUCUGGUGUCUACUUGCAACAUAUUGGAAACUUUUGGUGAAUUUCCCCAAGGAAGUGACGGGACUGGAACGUGACUGAACAGAAACAGUGUUUACACGAAGCGUCUGGCUGGUCUUGCUUUGCUCCCUGGUGGAUGAAAACGGGACUUGACUUAAAUCGCUAUUUUUCAGACCUCGACUCAUUUCCAGCCUUAUUUUGUCUUCCAAAAGACUCCAUGAUCCCCGCUAGAUAAAUGCAUAUCUGUAACUAUACAUUUAGGUGUAAUGCAAAUGAUAGUGAGACAUUAUGUGUUAUUACAAGGGAUAGACAUUUGGUUGUAUUUUUUUAAAAGCUAUUUUUGUAAUGCACAUUACUUUUAAGUACGGUGACCAGAUUUGAGUUUGUGAAAAUGAGCCUGCGUACUUCAGUGGGGGUUUCAUUCGGUCUAUACACGGCACCUUCUCAACGAGCACAUGAGAUCGGUCGCCCAAUGACAGACUCUCUCUACAGUCAGCUCGCGCAAGAAGGUGGAACGUAAGGGAGAUACCAUUUCAAGAACUUGGAAGGCCGUAGUAACCAUAGACAUAUACAAUGGUAAUAACUAGUAGGUUAUGUGAAAGACCCAGAAACACAAAUAUGCGACGAGGCAAAAAUAAAUAAAAAGAUAAUAAUAACAAUAAUAUAUAUAUUUUUUUUUUUUUGCGACGAGGCAAAAUACCGGACGUUUUUGGAAUCCCUGCCGGACGCAUUUUUUAGGUCUCGAAAAGAGGACAUGUCCGGGAAAAAGAGGACGUCUGGUCACCCUAUUUUAAGGCAGAUCGGGUGGUUUAUUCUGUCCUCUGAGCUUUCACAACGCAUUGGAAGACAUUAAGGAGAUGCCUGAAAAAACUGACUUUAUUAAGAUUCAUUUUAAUAUUAAUCGUUUUUAUAUUUAAAUGUUACACCAACGAUGCAUCUAAUCAUUAAACUUUUUCACGUAUGACUGAAGCAAAGGAUUUUCUCUGUUCCAGUUUUUUUACAAAUUGAAAAGUAGAUAUUGAAUUAGUUUUGCUCCCAGAAAAGCUUGAAAACACUGGCCUAGUUUUAGUUUUAAAUCUGCUGGCUGAUUAAUGAGAACGAGGGCUUUAAAAAGUACUUCAUUGUGCCCCCAGUAUUCCGUCUCUCCGCAUGUUCAGGCUCCUGGAACUAGCCCGCCUCCUGGUGGCAGGUUCGGUUCACUAAAAAACAGCACAUUGCCGAAGCAUCACCUCAGCACAAGCUGAGGCUUAUUCCAGCACGGAACACACUGGUAGGAUGAGACAACUCUUGUUACACGAUUAUUGGCUGAGGUUCACUCUACACUUUGUGUUCAUUAUUUAGGAUUUUGUUAUGUUUGACAAUUAGAUUUAUCAUGGAGAUUAAUGUAGAUUAAUGUUCCCGUUGAUCCUCCUCAUUAAUUUGCAUGUCAUAGAUCAUAUUACAGAUUAAUGGGAGAUUAAAUAAGGCUCUAUUUGAAAAUAGUUUUUUUAAGCAUAACCGUAACAGAGAAUAAACUGCUAAAUGACAGAUCUUUAUUGUAAUUAAAACAUACACAAUACAAAUAUGUUUUGGACAGUAAGGGUAAACUUUGAAGCAAAACUACCUUUCUUGAGAGCAAUUUUA